UUAAGCAAGCUGAGAGGUGAAUCCAGCAGCUCGGGAUAUUUGAGAGCAUCAUUUCAGUGGAAAUUCCUUUUCUGGGUGUCAGCUCAAGGCUCGGAAGCAAAUCCUGUCAUUCCCUCUCCCCGAAAAGCGCCGCGUUGCUGACUCCCCUUCCCUUCCCUUGCCUUUCCAGCUGUCCCAUUCCCUCCCACGCAGCGGCUCACUCUGAAGGAGGUGUUUGAGGAUGGGAAGCCGAGGCUCGACGUCCUCAAGAGCCACUUGGUGAAGGAAGGGAGGCUGGAGGAGGACGCGGCGCUGAAAAUCAUCAACGACGGCGCCGCCAUCCUGAGGCACGAGAAGACCAUGAUCGAGGUGGAGGCUCCAAUCACAGUGUGUGGUGACAUCCAUGGGCAGUUCUUUGACCUGAUGAAGCUGUUUGAAGUGGGAGGAUCACCCAAUAACACCCGCUACCUCUUCCUGGGGGACUACGUGGACAGAGGCUACUUCAGUAUAGAGUGCGUGCUGUAUUUAUGGAGUUUAAAGAUAAAUCAUCCCAAAACGUUGUUCCUCCUUCGAGGGAACCACGAGUGCAGGCACCUCACAGAAUACUUCACCUUCAAGCAGGAAUGUCGAAUCAAGUACUCGGAGCGAGUGUACGACGCGUGCAUGGAUACCUUUGACUGUCUUCCUCUUGCUGCCCUCCUCAACCAGCAAUUCCUGUGUGUCCACGGGGGCCUGUCUCCAGAAAUCACAUGUCUAGAUGACAUUAGGAAAUUAGACAGGUUUAAGGAGCCUCCAGCCUUUGGUCCGAUGUGUGACCUGCUGUGGUCGGAUCCCUCGGAGGAUUACGGCAACGAGAAAACCCUGGAGCACUUUGCCCACAACACUGUCCGAGGCUGCUCCUAUUUCUACAGUUAUCCUGCAGUGUGUGAAUUUUUGCAGAACAAUAGUUUGUUAUCCGUAAUCCGAGCUCACGAAGCCCAGGAUGCUGGGUACCGAAUGUACAGGAAGAGCCAGACCACGGGCUUUCCCUCGUUAAUCACAAUCUUCUCUGCACCAAAUUACUUAGAUGUCUAUAACAACAAGGCUGCUGUACUGAAAUACGAAAACAACGUCAUGAACAUCAGGCAGUUCAACUGUUCCCCUCACCCCUACUGGCUUCCAAACUUCAUGGAUGUCUUCACAUGGUCCUUGCCUUUUGUAGGGGAAAAGGUCACCGAGAUGCUCGUGAACAUCCUCAACAUCUGCUCCGACGACGAGCUGAUCUCGGAUGGCGACGAAACGUUGGAAGGUGGGACAACGGUGCGGAAGGAGAUCAUCAGGAAUAAGAUCAGAGCCAUUGGGAAGAUGGCACGGGUGUUCUCAGUUCUUCGGGAGGAGAGCGAGAGCGUGCUGACCCUCAAAGGCCUGACCCCCACAGGUACCCUGCCCCUGGGAGUGCUCUCGGGGGGGAGGCAGACCCUGCAGACCGCCACAGUAGAAGCAGUAGAGGCACGGGAAGGUAUGGCUAGAACCCGGCGAGAGACUCAAAUCAUCUCCGUGUGUGCGUGCGCUCAUUUUAAAGAGCUUUACCAGCCCUUAACGGAAGCUUUUUACUCUUGCAUCACCAGAAGUGGGGGAGGACAAGGCCCUGCUGGGAAGGAGAAAAAAAAAAAUACACCCAGGGUCUUGGUUCAAGGCUGUUUCAGUUUGAACAGUUUAUUCCUUUGUGGAACAUCUUUUAUUUGGAGUUGCCGGAGCGGUUCCUGCUCCGGUGGCUCAAGACCUUGAGGUUGAGGUUCUGCAAUCUGUCAGCACCAUCAAAACCCUUAGAAAAGAAGGAUUUUGUGGUGCUGCUGUAAUCCCUGACUUCCCUACAGGUAGGCCAAGGUGGAGAGGCAUUUCUCUGCCUGUAGAGUGUAGGAGUAACAGAUCCAUGAGGAUUUUUCCUCAAUACCGAGUGGGGCCACGCAGCUCUACAGAGGCUUUGCUUACCAAGGGAAGUUGUUUGUAAGCCAGCCAAGUCCUUGUAAAAGAUUUGGCACAGCCUCCUUUUCCUUAAAUUCUCCAUAGCACAAAGGAGUUUCACAUUUGGUCCGUGUCAUCAGGGCGAGGGUGACGUGCUUGUCCCCUCAGGGACAUGAAAUUCCUCAGUGGGAUUCAUCCCUCCCAAGUCUGCCCGUGUGUCUCCUGGUCAUGCAAGAAUUUUGCCUUUGUGAUCCAAGGACUAGCUGUUCCCUCUCCUGGUGUUGCAGUGUGUGGUUUGUGUUGGAGUUCAGAGCCUUGUGGUGGUGUCUUUGUUCUGUCGUUCUGGGUUUUGCCUUUUUUUUUUUAAUUUUAUUUUUAUUUUCUUUUUAAUUGUUGUUUUUUAGUGUCGUGUUUUUCAGCUUUGAAAUUUUCCUGAGAUUUCACUCUCUGGGGACGGCAAGCACUUGUCUGGUUUAUCAAGUUUCUCCUGUUGUAUUAAAAGAGGGGAAGGUUUGGGAUAUUGGGAGGAAAUUCUUCCCUGUAAGGGUGGCGGGAUGGAAUUCCCAGAAAAGCUGUGACUGCCUCUUCCCUGGAAGUGUCCAAGGUUGGAGGGGGUUGAACCUGAGAUAGUGGAACCCUGCCCAUGGCAGGGGUUGGAACUGGAUGGUUUUAAUCUCCCAACACAAAACUCUUAGGGAGCAGUGCAAAUCCUAAAGCUCUCUAAAAAAAUAAAACCAAAAA